GCGACUGAAGCGCUCGUGUACUUCGUGUCGCGCGUACAAGGUUGACUUCGCGAGCCGAAGAAGUCGUUUGAACUGUUCACGUAGUGACAGUGGAUUGUGGGUCCGGGGACGAGUGGUCGUUGCAACCUCGAUUAAUCCUUACACAAUCAGACCUUGCGGGCCGAAGACAUCAUAAUCAGAGUGAUAUGAAGAAGGAAAAGCCGUGACGGAGGUAAUCUAAAGAUAAGAGCAGUCCCGGUGAUCGCAGGAAUAUCUAGCCAAAUGCCUUCAGCUACUGGCGGGACCAACCCAAUAGGGCAGCAGAAGGUUGGAGCAACUCUGCCCAGUAAUGAAGAAUGUGGAAUCAGAGAUGUAUGGGGACAUAAUUUGGAAGAGGAAUUUCGCACAAUACGCCAAAUCGUGCAACAAUAUCAGUAUGUUGCGAUGGACACAGAGUUUCCUGGUGUUGUAGCUAGGCCUAUUGGUGAAUUUCGGACUAACGCCGAUUACCAAUAUCAGCUCUUACGUUGCAAUGUAGAUCUGUUACGGAUAAUUCAACUUGGUCUUACAUUCCUUGACGAUUCGGGGAAUACACCGGGUGGCUAUACAACCUGGCAGUUUAAUUUUAAAUUUAACUUACAUGAAGACAUGUAUGCACAGGAUAGUAUAGAUAUGCUACAAAAUAGCGGCAUACAGUUCAAGAAACACGAGGAAGAAGGCAUCGAUCCCUUAGAGUUUGCUGAACUUUUGAUGACAUCAGGGAUUGUCCUUGUUGAUGACGUUAAAUGGCUAUCCUUCCAUUCUGGUUAUGAUUUUGGUUACUUAUUAAAACUCCUGACGGAUCAAAAGUUGCCGCAGGAAGAAAGUGAAUUUUUUGAACUUCUUAGGAUAUACUUUCCGAAGAUAUAUGAUGUAAAAUACUUAAUGAAGUCGUGCAAGAACUUAAAAGGUGGCUUACAAGAAGUGGCAGAACAACUGGAAAUUCAAAGAGUAGGUCCUCAACAUCAAGCUGGUUCCGAUGCUCUUCUUACUGGCAUGGUUUUUUUUAAGAUGAGAGAAAUGUUUUUUGAAGAUAAUAUUGAUGAUGCGAAAUACUGUGGGCACUUAUACGGUUUGGGAACAUCAUUUGUCGUAAAUGGGUCUGCUGGCGGAUAUUUGGACGCAAAUGGAGAUAAUACUUCGACUGCGUAAUGUUAAAAAAAAAAUCGUAAGAGAAAAAAAGAGAGAAGAGAAGGAAGAGGGAGAGAGAAAGAGAUUAUUUCAUUAUCAAUAAAACGUUAUAAAAAAAUCUUUUCACUUAGUGAUGAAGUGUAUGGUUCAUAUUCACGAUAUUACAUUGACAUUAUUGCUGUAGGUGUCACAUGAGAUACAAUUUAGACACAUCUCUUUCAGAUCUAUGCGUCCACAUUUUUUUCUUUUUUAUUCUUUUGGAUCCGCAACUCCUUUUGUAGAUUUCUUCUGUGAUACGUACCACCAAUCGAAAAUAUAUUUACAACGUCGAACAACAUUAACAAAAAAUGUAAUAUAGUUUUUGUUUGUACACAUUUGGACAAUAUUGAUAUACAAGAUACCAUUGCAGUACAAAAAUCCUAUUUCCCUUACUUUUAAGAUCUUUGCGGUAUACAUAUCUAAAUAUGUAUAUAUAUAUAUAUAUAUGUAUAUAUGUGUAUAUGUAUAUAUAUAUGUGUAUAUAUGUGUAUAUAUAUAUAUAUGUAUAUAUGCGUAUAUAUAUACAUAUAUAUGUAUGUAUAUAUAUCGUAUAUCUCUCGAAUGAUGCAUACAGAAACCGCUUAAUACCGUGUAACCAAACCAAACAUAAUGUGCAAUUUGAUGCAUUAAUUAUUCUGGUUCGUCUGUAUUCUCAAAAGAAUACCGUUUCUCCUUAUUCGUUUAUUUAUAAAAUAAAUAAUCAACUUUCAUAACUAAAUAACUAUAUGUUAACUACGUGAUUGAAAUAUUUCUUAAAUAUUUUAGAAAAAAAAUUUAACAGUUUAUGCGCACCAAACUGAAUUAAUGCAUUCAAUUGUACAUCUUACAUUAUAUAUCUAUCACUGUUGAUACGUAUAUUUAUUCUAUGAUACAUUUAUAGCGCGAUACAUUUUAAGCACGAGAAAUUCGUAUACAUUUUAGAAAACUGAAAGAAAAGAAUACAGAGUUUUUUUCUUUUUUGCUUUUAAGUUGAAUUAUGUAAACUAUUGAUAUAAGGAUCAUACAUUUUUAUUAUACGUAUAAAAAGAUAUUCCGGCGUGAAUGAUGCAUUCGUGUAAAAAGUAUCAUAGGCGAUAUGAUUUUAAAGACGAGGUAUCCUUAUAAUAUUUGCUAUAUAUACUGCACUCGUUUUAUUGUAAAACAUGUCCGUAAGAAAUAAAGAGAGAAAGAUUUUGGUACAUUUCCGAA